GACCACCAAGAUCUUCUACAGCAUCACGGGGCAGGGGGCCGACACGCCGCCCGAGGGGGUCUUCACCAUCGAGAAGGAGACGGGCUGGAUGAAGGUGACCCAGCCGCUGGACAGGGAAGCCAUCGACAAGUACCAUCUGUUCUCCCACGCCGUGUCCGAGAACGGCAAGCCUGUGGAGGAACCGAUGGAGCUCAUAGUGACCGUCACGGACCAGAAUGACAACAAGCCCCAGUUCACCCAGGAGGUCUUUCGGGGGUCUGUCCUGGAGGGAGCCACGCCUGGCACUUCGGUGAUGCAGGUGAACGCCACGGAUGCCGACGACGACGUCGAGACCUACAACGGCGUCAUCGCCUACUCCAUCGUGAGCCAGGUGCCCGCGGAGCCUCAGGCACAGAUGUUCGCCAUCAACAGGGCCACGGGUGUCAUCAGCGUGAUCGCCAGCGGCCUGGACCGGGAGAGAGUGGGCGAGUACAUCCUGACACUGCAGGCGGCCGACCUGGACGGGCUGGGGCUGACCGGCUCCGCCACGGCCGUGAUCGAGAUCGCGGACGCCAAUGACAACGCGCCGGUGUUCCGGGAGCAGACGUACUCGGCGGAGGUCCCGGAAAACGAGGUGGGGCUGGAGGUCGUGAGGCUGGCCGUGACCGACCUGGACGAGGCGGGGACCCCGGCCUGGCGGGCCCGGUACUCCCUCCAGCACGGCAACGAAGGGGGCUUCUUCUCCAUCUCGACGGACCCCGAGACCAACGAAGGCAUCCUGCGGACGGCGAAGAGCCUGGACUUUGAGGCCCGGGGGCGGUUCGUGCUGCAGGUCGUGGUGGCCAACGAGGCCCCCUUCGCGGUGAAGCUCCCCACUUCCACCGCAACGGUGACGGUCGGCGUGAAGGACGUCAACGAGGCGCCCAGCUUCGUUCCUCGGGUCCGGACGGCAGAGGUCUCCGAGGACGCCCCGAUAGGGUGGGAGGUGGCCACCUUCGCCGCUCAGGACCCAGACGAGGCGCAGCCCCAGAAGCUCACGUACUCCAUGGGCAAGGACCCGGCCGGCUGGCUGGCCAUCCACCCUGAGAGCGGCGUCCUCACGGUCCGGAGGCAGCUGGACCGGGAGUCCCCCUUCGUCCGGAACAGCACCUACGAGGCCAUGGUGCUGGCAGCCGACGACGGGGCCCCGGCCGCGACCGGCACCGGCACCCUCCUGCUGACCCUGCUGGAUGUGAACGACAACGGCCCGGAGCCGGACCGGCAGGAGGUCAUCGUCUGCAAUCGCGACCCGGUGCCGCAGCUGCUGCACAUCCUGGACAGGGACCUGCCCCCCAACGGCUCCCCGUUCCGCGCGGAGCUUGGCAACAACUCGGAUGAAAGCUGGGCGGUGGAGAUGGACGCCGAAGGGGAAACGGCCACCCUGAGGCUGCUGAAGCCCCUGGACCAGGGCACCUAUGAGGUCUUCCUCACCCUCUUCGAUGCCCAGGGCAAGGGCCGGCUGGCGGUCCUCCAGGCAACGGUCUGCGAGUGCGAGGGGCCGGUGGACAAGUGCCACCACAAGCCGCUGGUGGCCAUCGGGGCGCCCGUGAUCCUGGCCAUCCUGGGGUCCAUCUUGGCCUUGCUCUUGCUGCUGCUGCUGCUGCUGCUUUUCAUGAGGAGGAGGAAGGUGGUGAAGGAGCCGCUGCUGCCCCCCGAGGACGACACGCGCGACAACGUCUUCUACUACGGCGAGGAGGGCGGCGGGGAGGAGGACCAGGACUACGACCUGAGCCAGCUGCACCGGGGCCUGGACGCCCGCCCGGAGGUCGUCCUCCGCAACGACGUGGCGCCCACCCUCCUGCCGGCCCCGCAGUACCGCCCGCGCCCCGCGAACCCGGAUGAGAUUGGCAAUUUCAUCCACGAGAACCUGAAGGCGGCCGACACGGACCCCACAGCGCCCCCCUACGACUCGCUGCUCGUCUUCGACUACGAGGGCAGCGGCUCCGACGCCGGCUCCAUCAGCUCCCUGGGCUCCUCCGGCUCCGAGCAGGACCAGGAGUAUGACUACCUGCGUGACUGGGGCAGCCGCUUCCAGAAGCUGGCGGACAUGUACGGGGGGGGCGAGGAGGACUGUGACUCAUGCGCGGCAGGGCGGCAGGGCCGUUCCGGCGGGGCAGAUGACGAGCAGCGCCGCUUCCCGGGCUGCUCCUUCGGCCACGGAGCGCCAGGAGCGCCGCGCUCUCUGCCCAGGGGCGUUUGCACUCCGGGAAAGCCGCCGACCUUCCUCGCCAUGAUCCUCCGGCAUCGCUGGGAGGCGCGGCUGCAGCCGCCGGGCGCCGCAGGCGGGCGGGAGGGACCGAGGCCUCGGGCUGCCCGGACACGUAGCGGCCCACCCGCCGCGGCACCAGGGACGGGAGGCGCUGCCCCUGCCGCCUGGGCCAAACUCGCUUCCCCGGGAAGAAGCGGCGGCGUCUGGAGGCGCAGCGGGGCCGGGCGCUCCUGCCCGGUGGGUCCGCCCCUGCCCCCUCGGCCGCAGCCCCUCCCGCCGGCCGCCGGGCGGGAGGGCGCGGCCCGCCCCUCCCCUCCCCUCCCCUCCCACGCCGGGCGGAGCCUCCCGGGGGAGGCGCCGCUCACCUGCUGCUCCGCCGAGCGCGGCCCGGGGCGCCACAGCUCCCUGCGCGCCCGACGCGACGCGACGCCUCGCCCGCCCGCUCCCAUGGCGAAACGGCCCGGACGCCCGUCGGGGCUCUGCCUCCCGCUGCUGCUGCUGCUGCUCCGGGCUGGACGGUGGCUGUGCGCAGAGACGGCGCCCGGGUGCCAGCCCGGCUUCGGCUUGGAGACGUACACCUUCGCCGUGCCCAGAGUGGACCUGGAGAGGGGCCGGGUGUUGGGCAACGUGCGCUUUGAGGACUGCACGGAGAGGACCCGGGUUGCCUACACAGUCAGCGACACCCGCUUCCAGGUGCGCCCCGACGGCGUGGUCGUGGUCAAGCGGCCCUUGCAGCUGCGUGACCAGAAACGGAGCUUCUUCAUCCAUGCCUGGGAUGCGGCUGGCAGGAAGCACUCCACCAGGGUGACGCUGCAGCAUCGCGGCCGUGAGCGCCGUCGCCGGCACCACCACCAUGCGGAGUUCAGUGGCAUCGCUCACACCCAGGUGCUGACCUUCCCGAAAUCUGGCCCAGGCCUGAGAAGACAGAAGAGGGACUGGGUCAUCCCCCCAAUCACCUGCUCCGAGAACGAGAAGGGCCCCUUCCCCAAGGCGCUCGUGCAGAUCAGAUCCAGCAAGGCAAAAGAGAUUACGGUCUUCUACAGCAUCACCGGGCAAGGAGCGGACAGCCCUCCGGUCGGCGUCUUCAUCAUCGAGAGGGAGACGGGGUGGCUGAAGGUGACCCGUCCCCUGGACCGGGAAGCCAUCGACAGAUACAUGCUGAAUUCCCACGCGGUGUCUGCCAACGGGCAGCCCGUGGAGGACCCCAUGGAGAUCAUCAUCAAGGUGAGCGACCAGAACGACAACCGGCCCCAGUUCACCCAGAGCAUCUUCCGAGGAGAGGUGCCGGAAGGAGCCAAGCCAGGUACCGCCGUGAUGCAAGUGACGGCAACUGAUGCCGACGACGACAUCGACACCUACAACGGGGUCAUCACCUACUCCAUCCUCAGCCAGGAGCCCCCACUGCCCUCCGGACAGAUGUUCACCAUCAACAACAGCACGGGCUUGAUCAGCGUGAUCACGACGGGCCUCGACCGGGAGAAAUAUCCCCAGUACACGCUGGUCCUCCAGGCCACAGACAUGCUGGGCGAAGGCUUCUCCACCACCGGGACCGCAGUGAUCUCCGUCACCGACACCAACGACAACCCGCCCAUCUUCGACCCCGCCACGUACAACGAGACUGUGCCAGAGAACCGGGUCGGCGUCGUGGUUGCCAGGCUGCGGGUAAAAGAUGCCGAUCAGGAAAACACCGCGGCAUGGAAGGCCAAGUACACCAUUGGGCGAGGCAAUGACGGGGGCAACUUUGCUGUCACCACCGAUCCACAAAGCAACGAUGGCAUUUUGACCACUGUGAAGGGCCUGGACUACGAGGCGCAGAACCGGUUCGUCCUCCAAGUGACCGUGCAGAACGACGCUCCCUUCGCGGUGAACCUUCCCAUAUCCACGGCCACGGUCAUCGUCAACGUGGGCGACGUCAACGAAGCCCCCACCUUCAUCCCAGUCCAGAAGAGCAUAACGGUGCUGGAGGACUUGGCCGUCGGGCAGCGGGUGGCCACGUUCACCGCCCAGGACCCGGACAAGAGCCUGCAGCAGACCAUCCGGUAUUUCAUUGGCAGGGACCCGGCAGGCUGGCUGAUCGUCAACCCCAACACUGGCCUGGUCGAGACGAGGGCCCCCCUGGACAGGGAGUCGGACUGGGUGACCAACAGCACCUACACGGCCCUCAUCCUGGCCAGCGACAACGGCUCCCCGCCAGAAACGGGCACGGGAACGCUCCUCAUACACCUCGAGGACGUGAACGACAACGGGCCGGAGCCGACCCCGCGAUCCUUCGACAUCUGUGCCCGGAGCCCCCAGCCCCAAGUGCUGCGCAUCGUGGACAAGGACCUCCCCCCGAACACUGGCCCCUUCUCUGCCCAGCUGGAGCUGGGCUCCAGCGCCAACUGGACCGUCGCGGUGAACGAGGGAGACAGGCUGACCCUGAAGCUGACCAAGCAGCUGGAGCCCGGAGACUACAGCAUCGCCCUCAAGCUGACCGACGGGCCGGGGCAGGCCCAGGUGACCACGGUGCAAGCCCGCGUGUGCGACUGCGAGGGGGAGGCCAAGGACUGCGAGCGGCGGGCCUACGUGGCGGGCGGCCUGGGCGUCCCGGCAAUUCUGGGGAUCCUCGGAGGCAUCCUGCUCUUUCUGAUCCUGCUGCUGCUGCUGCUGCUGUUUGUGCGGAGGAAGACGGUGGUGAAGGAGCCUUUGCUGGCCCCGGAGGACGACACGCGCGACAACGUCUACUAUUACGACGAAGAAGGCGGUGGGGAGGAGGACCAGGACUACGACCUGAGCCAGCUGCACCGCGGCCUGGAUUCCCGCCCUGAGGUCACUCGCAACGACGUCGCCCCGACGCUCAUGCCGGCCCCGCAGUACCGCCCGCGGCCUGCCAACCCCGACGAAAUAGGCAACUUCAUUGACGAGAACCUGAAGGCGGCCGACACGGACCCCACGGCGCCCCCCUACGACUCGCUGCUCGUCUUCGACUAUGAGGGCAACGGCUCCGAGGCCACGUCGCUGAGCUCGCUCAACUCCUCCAACGGCGACCGAGACCAGGACUACGACUACCUGAACGACUGGGGCAGCCGCUUCAAGAAGCUGGCGGACAUGUACGGGGGGGGCGAGGAGGAGGACUAGCGUGAACUGACCUGGGGCAGCUGUGUGUGCGAGCGAGAGAGCGAGCGAGUGUGCGUGCGUGCGUGCUAGAGAGGCGGGGAAGCAGUGCGCGAUGGCCAGCGCUGCCUCUCUGUGUAUCCGUGGCCAGAGCACGGCAGGAAAGGGGACCCUCGUGCUGUGGGACCCUCUUGAGCUGGAUCCAGACACCCCCCCUCGCACGCCGAUGGCGGUCUCUGUGGGGCAGCUGCAUCUUUUUGAGGCCUCUGCCGUUGCAACUUAGACUGGAACCCCCAAAUGGAAAGGGGGUCCUCACACACGGCUGGCGGCCUUUACCAGGCUGUGCGCCCUGAAUUGCGCCCGCCAGGCUGGCAAGGGCUCCUGCUCUGGGUCUUCCGGCCGUUUCUGACUAUACCAAAGUACCAAGGGCCCGUGCGGCGAUUUACCUGAGCAUCAUACCAAAAACGCUGCCGUCGGCUCCCCCGGGGGUGGGCGUGUCCUCUGCCCGCCGUCUCUUGGCCGCAUCUCCUCCCUUUCCACAUCUCGCCCUUCACUGACCUAUGGCUCCCCCACUCGCAGAGUAUUUGACAGGACGUUGCGCAAAUAUCUUGCUCGCAAGCCAAGGAAGUGGGUGCAGGGAAAGCACGGCAUUAGUGAGCGCUGGCACCGGGUGGGACCCAGGCGUGGCAUGCGGUGCCCCGGCCCGCAAGUCCCGCCGAAGGCACCUCGCCACGAGGCCCGAGCGGGGCAGCCCGCCUGCUCACCCUCCAAGUAACGCCGCACUUUGGCUGCUUCUCGCACUGAUUCCACAGCUCCGACCAAAGACGAUACUCAGGGCUGCGCGUGGGGGGCCGAUCCCGCCCAGGCUCAGCCCAAACGGGAAAUCUGGGCUUGCCCGGGAGGGGAUGCGAGGGGAGGACUGCCUGGCCUCUGGCAACAGUGGCCAGCCAGAUCGGGGGGCACUUUCAGGCCUGCCCCCCAAAGCUCCUCCGGAAUGAGAAAGGCUCAAAAGGAUUCCUGGAUCCCCGGGUCCCAAGUGCUUCUCCCCACUGCUCUGGCGCCAAACGCCCGCCCCCUCUGCGUCCACACACGGGCUGUUCUGCGCCCCCGAAAUACUGCAGGGGUGCGUGGCCACCCCCUCCUGCCCAAAGGGUUUCUAGUCCGUUUCGGCUCUUCUCGCCAGAUAGGACACCUUACUGUGCUUUGCCAAAUCUUUCCUUAACCGUUUCCUGCACGUCCAUGUACGGUUCACGUUCCUGCUGAUCGAGUGAGUGAGUGCCGUAUAAAAAUGCAAUUGACUACAUUUGUCCAGGCCAUGAUUGACGUGCCGAUUUCCCCCGAUGAUUGUAUAAAUACUGUCCAACCGAGGGUAUUUUAAAGUGGGUUUUCUGUAUUUUUGGAUCUGUAUAUUUAGGUUUUUUAAAUAUAUAUAUAAAGAAUCUAGAGGAACCGAAAAGCCAUUAUUGCAGAUCAUUUUGUAAUACACUUGUAAUAA